AUGAACGGGGGCGAGGACUUUGCCAGCCAGGUGACGAGGACACUGGACUCACUGCAGGGCUGCAAUGAGAAAUCGGGCAUGGAUCUAACACCAGGAAGUGACAAUGCCAAGCUGUCCUUGAUGAACAAAUACAAGGAUAAUAUCAUCGCCACUAGCCCGGUGGACUCCAACCAUCAACAGGCGACGCUGUUGUCUCAUACAUCUAGCAGUCAACGCAAAAGGAUCAAUAACAAAUCACGAGCUGGCUCUGCAUUUCUGAACCCUGAAGGGGAUUCUGGAACAGAAGCAGAUAAUGAUCCCCAGCUGACCUUUUACACGGAUCCAUCACGGAGCAGGCGGCGCAGUAGGGUGGGUUCACCUAGGAGUCCUGUGAGCAAGACAACCCUGACACUCAUCAGCAUCACCAGCUGUAUCGUCGGUCUGGUCUGUGCUUCUCACGUGAAUUGCCCACUAGUGGUCAAGAUAACACUUCAUGUUCCAGAGCAUCUUAUUGCUGAUGCAUGUAACAUGUCUUCAUUAGUCUUCUCUGACCUGGCAUCCUCCAGAUUUGCUGGGAUUGCAAUUCCCAGGAUUUCCAGCUUUUGA